UGGAAAACGUAUCAAAGAAAAACAACCCAAGAGAAACGGCAAGUUGGCUGUCAAUCAUGUUUUUCUGGUGGAUGAAUGACGUGUUGACACUCGGAAGUAAACGGCCACUGACAGAUGAGGAUUUGUUUCCGCUUCUUGAUGAUUACAAAGCCGAGGUACUUGUAGAAAAAGCUGAGAGGUGUUGGUUCGAUGAACUCAAAAGGAGUCAAUUAAAAAAUACGAAACCACGUUUAUGGAAGGCAAUGGUCGGACUUAUUUCCUGGAGAUCGCGUUUUGUGAUGAUAAUUUUCUUAACACUUCGGUGUGUAAGUUUUGUCUGCUUGCCAGUAUGUCUUUGGCUUGUGUUGAAGACGUUAAAUGAUGGGCCAAAUAUGGACAUGAAGUGGGCGUUCAUCUACGUGGCACUUUUAGGGAUAACAAGCGUGAUACAAGGUGCAUCCACACAACACUACAAUUACACAACCGAACUUUGGGGGUUGAAGCUGAAAGUGGCAUUAAUUGGACUCGUGUACAAGAAGGUAGUGCAACUUGAAUUGUAACUGUAAAAAAUCUGAAAGUUGGGCAGGGGAGGGUAAUUCAAGAGGGGUUAGUAUUACUCACUCCCCUGUGGGACAUAAGGCAACAACAAUCCCCCUCUUUCUUCCCUUUUUUUGCGCGAGAUGUAUUGCUUCAUCCCAAGUGAGUUUUACGUAGCUGAGCUCAGAAAUGAAAGUUCGGUCCCAGUUGGUUUUUAGCCGACCAGGUUUCCUUUGGUCAGGAUGUGUCCAUCAUUAGGUGACCUUUGGAAUACGAGCUUGAUCCAUUCUUAGUACGUGGCCCAGCGACCGGAUUCGCUUGCGCGUUUGAUUUCCAUGGCAAUACUCUGGUAAUCAGUUUUUCUGCAAAGCUCCUUAUUUGAGAUAAUAUUUGGCCAGAAGAUGCGCCCUUUUUGAGAUAAGAGACAGUUACUGCCCAGAAUUUAUCAGCCUUUUUACAGGCUGCGACAGUCUUCCUAGAUCCCCGCUUUUUUGUUUUGCUUUGCUUUGGCCUAAGGACAUAUUUCCACAGGUAAAAAAACUAAAAUUCGUUAGAAUUCACUUUUGGCCAUCAACGUUGUACAGUUGUUUAGACUCUCCUUAUGGAAAGGCGAAAAAUAAGCCACCGCCAAGUCUUAACUACCAUUUCUCUUCACAUUUUAGGUUCUUUCUCUAAAUCGUUACAGCCUGGAAGCAACAAUGUCUGGAAAUACGAUCAACCUAGUCUCCAAUGACACUCAAAAAAUUGAGAAGAGCUUGAACCAAAUGGGUUAUAUGCUAUCUGCACCGCUGGAACUCGUAAUCGGCUUGAUAAUCCUGUGGUACUUGAUUGGUUGGGAGGCUCUAAUUGGUGCAGUCAUAUUUUUCGUUUUAGUUGCCUUUCAAAUGUUAAUGGUAAAAAAAGCUGCUAAGCUCAGGAAGAUGGCGGCCGCUUUUACAGACAAACGGCUCGUGGUAAUGAAUGAAAUCAUCACCGGGAUACGAGCAGUGAAGAUGUAUGCUUGGGAGUGGAAAUUCAGAGACGCUGUGUGCGAGAUUCGCAGGAAAGAGAUGGCUCUUCUUCGUUUGAAAGGUAUCAUUGUCUCAAUGGUGGUUGUUUUAUUUUUCACAACACUUCCCAUCGCCGCUCUGAUUUCAGCAGCCACGCUGAUUUUGACAGGAACUCACUUAUCAUCAGCCACGAUAUUCACUCUUCUGUUAGGCUUAGUGACGCUAAGGACAACAUUUUGCUACAAUUUGAGUAUAGCCAUGCACAAAGUGGCAGAUGCCAAAGUGGCGAUUGACAGAACGCAGAUUUUUCUUAAUGGCGAAGUAUCAAAGUUUGAAGAGCCCGAAAAACACAACACGUGUGUUAAGCCUUUAACAAGACAAUUGAAUCUUGACGCUAGCCUUGCAGUCCCAUUUGAAAAUAGCGAGAAAAAGGAAGUCGUCAAAUUGACUAACUACGUGAUACGAGACGAGUUUCCGACACUCAAAAGCACUGACACGAAUACUUCGAGUAAUUUUUGUAACUUUCUGUCACAUCCCUUUACGGAUCAACUAUUCUCAGACACAAGAAAGCCUUAUCUGUUAAUUUCUGAUGCAUCGUGUUCAUGGAAUCAAGAUAACCGCGCCAAAACCUUAAACAACAUCACCUUAAAUGUCGGAUGUAACGAUAACAUGUUAGCGAUAACAGGUGCAGUAGGAAGUGGAAAAUCCUCUCUGCUAACAGCCAUUCUUGAAGAACUACCUCUAUGUGCAGGACACGUAUCGUUUUAUGGAAAAGUAGCCUACGUUCCUCAAAUCCCCUGGGUGUUUUCUGGGACUAUAAGGGAGAACAUCUUGUUUGGUCUGCCAUUUAACCAGGAAAAGUUUCUAAAUGUUGUUCACGUGUGUGGUUUGACGAAAGACUUGGCCGUCUUCAGCAAUGGAGACAUGACGGAAAUUGGACAGCGUGGAGUUACUCUCAGUGGAGGUCAGAAAGCGCGUGUGGGUUUAGCUCGUGCAGUGUAUUCAGACGCUGAUAUUUACCUGCUGGAUGAUCCCUUUAGUGCAGUUGAUAUUAAGGUGGGAAGAAGACUUUUUGACGCCUGUAUAGUCGGCCAUUUAUCGGGUCGCAUUCGUUUGCUUGUUACCCACCAGUUGCAGUAUUUGAAAGACGUCCACGACAUUGCUGUGAUGGAAAACGGUUCAAUCGUUCAUCAGGGAGGUUAUAUGGAGCUUAAAGAAAAGGGAAUACUUUCACAAAUUUUGGAAUUGUCUGAGCCCGUUGAAGAUCAGUCUAUGCUUGAGGAUAGACUUGAUGAGCAUAGUGAUACAGUGGUUUCAAAAAGGGUGAUUCAUACACCUUCAAUUCCUUUAGCCCCGGUUAUAAAACACACUGAAGGUGAACACAACGCAGCUUUUGAAGGUGACCUACAAUUGCCAGAACUACCGCAGGGUGAAAACGGUCACGAUGUUAAUAUGAACGAUGAACUGAACGUUCAAACUACCAACUUUCCUGUCCUCUCAACCACGUCUUGGUCCAAAGAUGAUGAACACGGGACAGUCCUUGAUCUGAAGGAAGAGGAGGAAAGUAAAACAGCUGGAACUGUUGACUGGAGACUCUACUGGAAUUUCUUUAGGGAAGGACUGCCAGUUCCAAUGAUAAUCACCCUUGUCAUUUUAUUGAUAUUGGCACAAGUUUGCCUCAUAGCUCCAAACUGGUGGUUGGCCAGAAUGGCAGAGAUGUCACAGGAGCAACAAAAAGCACCCAUCAUUCAAGCUAUUCACGCCACUCUGGUAGCGGUGUCCAUCGUUGUCAUGGCAGUGUCGUCUUUCUUUUUCACUUACACCCUCCUGAAAGCAGCUGAGAACCUUCACAACAAAAUGACGCUGUCGACUAUCAAAGCACCUGUGUUGUUUUUUGACACAAACCCAGCAGGGCGAAUCCAGAAUCGCUUUUCCAAAGAUGUUGGUUGCAUGGACGAUGUGCUGCCACUGAUAUUUCUUCACGCUUGUAUAUCUUGCCUCUUCGCGAUCUGUGUCACAAUCGUUCCCGCUGUGGUGAACUACUGGCUUUUCUUGGCUCUUCUUCCAUUUGUUAUGUUAUUUAGUUAUUUUGCACGCUAUUAUCUGAAGUCUUCCAGAGAACUCAAGAGGAUUGAGGCCAUCAAAUGCAGUCCUGUGUACUCACACAUCACAGAAACAGCAAAAGGACUCGAAAUAGUUCACACUUCAAACAUGAACAGGACAUUUCUGGACAGGCUUGAGAGAAAACCCUUACAUGUACCCCUGAGACUUUACCCAACUGACCUCUUUAUGUCUUUACCACGGACUAAAUUAGCCAAUCAUUUCCAUAAGAACAUGAAAAGUGGGCAAACCAGUCAUUUAGUUCUAUAUUUCAGCGAAAAAGUGGCCUUUACGUGUCAUUUUACACCUCUAAUGUUAUUUAUUGUAGUUUUCCUCAGCAAAAAGUUCCGUUAUGCACGUAUAUUACUCAUGGUGUGUUCAUAUACAAUUUUAUUGCCCUUGUUGUCCACAGCAUUAGCUGGACUUGCUCUUACCUACGCACUGCAAACAUUAAACAUUACUCAACAUGGCGUACGAUUAGCUUCAGAAGUGGAAAACUUGAUGACGUCAGUAGAACGUGUCAUGUCGUACACCAAACUGGAUCCAGAGGUCGGCUACAACACUGAAACCCGCCCUCCAGUGUCCUGGCCUAAUGAAGGAAGUUUGACGAUAAAGGACCUUUCUUUAGUUUACUUCAAAGGAGGGCCUCGCGUCUUAAGGAACAUUAACGUUCAUGUUUCUAGUAAGGAGAAGGUGGGAGUUGUUGGUCGUACCGGCGCUGGAAAGUCAUCUUUGGUAUCCGCUUUGUUCCGUAUGCCAGAUCCUUUAGGAAAGGUGUUUAUCGAUGGAAUUGAUAUUGAGUCUGUCGAUCUCCAGGAAGCCCGUAAGUCCAUGGCUGUUAUAACCCAGGAUCCGGUACUAUUUGGAGGUACAUUGAAACGGAACUUGGACCCGUUCUCACAAUACACGGAUGAGGACCUUUGGACCGGGCUGAGGGAAGUGCAGUUAAAGACUCUCGUGGAAAACCUACCAGGGAAACUCGAAUUCAAGCUGAAAGAGUGUGGAACAAACUUAAGCGUUGGUGAGAGGCAGUUGGUGUGCUUGGCUCGUGCACUGGUCCAGAAGAGCAAGAUCAUCAUCAUGGAUGAAGCCACCGCUAAUGUGGAUUUCAAGACUGACCGUCUGAUCCAGGAAGUCAUUCGUGACAAGUUUAAGGAUUCCACAGUCAUUACUAUUGCUCAUCGACUGAACAACAUCCUGGAUUACGACAAGGUGCUGGUUCUUGAUGGUGGACAAGUAGUAGAGUUUGACAAACCUGAAGUGUUGAUAAAAAAGGGAGGACUAUUUGCUGAGAUGAUCAGAAGUCAGAACGAAAGCACAAAAGAUUACACGUGAUAUAGUAAGCCAAGAUUUAACGCCAGAAUAUUUCCAGCAUUAACUGUGGUAAAACCCUUGUAAUUUGAAAGUAUGUGAGUCUGGCGGAAUGGAACACUAUCUAUCUUUUCUAACUAUUGUAAAUAUAAUAAGGGAUAGCAGAAGUUAUCUCGGUGUCCAUGCAGUCCUCUUUGCAUGUAUAUAUUGGCAACGCAUACAAGCACAAAUCUUUUCUUGUUUUUUUCUGUAAAGUUUGUUUCAAUUUUGUUGACGAU